AUGAGGCUUCCCCUCCUUCUGAGCCCGCUUACCCUUCUGUGGUGUGCGCGCGGCGGGAGUGCGCUCGAGCUGAGCCACAGUUUGUCCAUAAAGAAUGCGCCAGAUGCAAGCGCAUUGAAUAUCGAAGUGGAAAAGGAUAAAAAAAAAAUCUGCAAAAAUGCAUUUCUAUACAUAAACGUAGCUGAACUAUUAUCUCAAAAUGAUGAGGAGUCAUAUGUACAGAAAUGUGAAGAACUAAUGGACACGAUAAAAAAUGAUACUCCAGAUGAAACAGCAGAAGCAGAGAUAAAUGAAUUCAUACUUAGCUUACUCCAUACACGUUCUAAUUACUCCAUAAUUAAUGAAGCAGAUGAACAAGUAUUGAAGAACCUCCUUAGGAGUGUUAAUGGAUCAAUAAGUGAGGAAGCAGCAUUGAAGAGAGCUAAAGAGUUAAUCGUAUUUAAUCGAUUCAUAAAAGAUAAAGCAAAAGUAAAGAACGUUCAGGAAAUGUUUGUGUUAAGUAGUAAAGCAGAUGAAUACAUGAAUGAUGCAAAAACAAAAAUGAUAGAAAAUAUUGUUGAUUCCUUUCAGCUGUUUCAUAACUACUUAGUAACUUGGGGAUCAGACAUUAAAGUCGUGAAGAGGUAUGCAACGGAAACGUUUUUGUCUAUUAAGAAUGAAAAAAUUUGCAGUGACUAUAUUCAUUUAUGUCAGAAAUUUUAUGAACAGGCCAGCAUAUACUAUAGACUGAAAGUAAUUUUUGAUAACCUGGUGACAUAUGUGGAUCAGAAUUCGAAGCAUUUUAAAAAGGACAAGUUAUUGGAACUGCUCGAUAUGGACAAGGGCUUUUAUCGUGAAUCGAAGGUGCAUAAUAAUUACGUGUUGGAAGACGAGACGGUGAUCCCGGUUUUGCAACUCACGGAUAUUUACAAGGGACACAAAUGGGUUGUAAGAGUCGUUCAUGAUGGAAACAGCAAGCUUAUGCACGGCAAUGACAUUGAAGACAAAGAAGUUAGACAGAAGUUCAUUGUCACGAUGAAGAACAUUCGCAGGGACCUCAAUGACGAGGGGCUUUACUCCGACUUGAUGAAGACAGUUAAGAACUACGUGCUUUCCAUCACGCAGGUCGACAACGACAUUUCCAACCUCGUGCGCGAGCUUGACCACGAGGACGUGGAGAAGUGUAAGGCGGGAGCGGCGUACGGGCUGCAUUAUGAGCGGCUCCUCAUCGACCUGAACUUCUUCCUCUACUACGGCUUCCUCAAAAUCGAAGAAGACAAAAAUAUGAUCACCUUCAACGACGUGUCCCCCACCUUCAUCAAUCUGUACAGAGCCAACCACAUUCUCUUCCUCUAUCUCCUAAAGACAGGCUUUGAGGAAAACAAAAACUCAGAGUAUCUAGCUUUCAAAUUUUACAAAAACAUAGGAUAUAAAAAGAUACCCAAUGAUAAGAUCUACAGUCUCUUCACUGGAAAAGGCUCCCUCACAAACCUACCGAAACCAUCUCCCGAAGUUAUGAAGGAGCACUUUCUGAGCAUCUUCCCUAGCUUGCCCGACAACUACGAUGCAAGUGCCAAGGAGAUUCAGAAAUUUCAUCUCUUCUUUGCUAUGGCUUUUAAGGACUGCAACAUUAACCAGGGCUACUCGGCCAUUUCGAAGGAACUCUGGAGUGAGCUCCUCUACGCCUUUGACCACUUCGGAUGGUUCUACGUCCACCCACAGAACAUCAUUUCGAGUCUUUCCAAAACGAGCUUCGUCAGGCAGAUGCUGAUCAGCCGAAACUUCAUCCUGAAGAACAAUGAAGCACUGAUCCUGCUGGAUACCCAAGUAGCUAAACUAAUGGACCUAAUCCACCUCUCCAUGGAAACAGACAAAUCAAGACACGCACUAGACUUCUCCAUCUCCAGCAAAUUCUUUCACUACGAAAACGAUUACAACACUCUGAAGGAAAAUGAUAAAAAGAGACUCAUGUUUACAUAUGAUUACAUCGAUUCCAUUGCCAACAACUAUUACUUCUUCAGUGAUGUAAAAUAUCAGGUCUUCAAAAGUACGUAUGAAAGCCGAUUCUUCACCACCUUCCCUAAUGUGUACAGUCUUGCUUAUCAGCUAUUCAACGAGCUAGCCAUCAACAUGAACGUGGUUACCAAUGCACCUCUAAAGAAAAAACUCAAAGACAAAUCCAAGUACGCCUGGUUCACCUUGCUUAAUAUAAUUGGGAAGAACCACGAUAUUUACUCUAAAGGUCCUCGCCUGGUCUUCGCGGCCUACAUGCUGGCGCUAGUCUACUUCAUCGAGUCGCACAUCGACAUAUCUCGAUACCAACCAAAGGAGUACUAUUUCAUGAAGCAAUCUCUACCCCUGAUCGAUAACGUGCACAAGAACGGCUUCACUAUGCUCAAGAAGAGAUGCGACAUGCUAGUGAAUUUCAUUAAGAUAAACAAGACGCCUCUGAAGUAUCAGCAAACGAACAUGGAGGAGUAUAUUAAGCUCAUGAAUUUAACUGCGAUCGUUUUGUGGGGAAAGGAGAGUAAGAAGUCUGUGUUCUACGAUGACGACGUUAGUCUGUACAAGAAGCUGAUGAUUGCCUGUGUGUUCAACGGGGGCAAGACGGUGCAGGAGAAGGCCAUCGAGAGCAUCAACAAAUCGUGCGACGUAAAGUUCUACGGACUGAACCCUAAGAAGCUAGACGAAUUCAUAGAUAUUAACAUGAGCAUAAAUAAAUGGAACCCACUGAUUCUGGAGAAACAAGCGCAGUCCUUCAUCCUAAGUUGCAAAACACAAAAGCUUAUGUAUAACAAUAUUAACGUAGAGAAAAUAAAAUUGGAAAAUUUCUACAAAUUGGCAGAUGCACCAGAAAUGAUUAAGACAUAUCAUUGCUUCAAAUUGGGUCGACAAGCUGCAUCUUUACUAGAAUCCAUUAUCUUAAAAAAAAAGUUUGUCAGAUUCAGAGUUAGCGAUGCCAUGGAUGUGUAUGAUUUUUUCUACAUAAAUAAAGUCCUUUCAAAUAAUGUUCGCAAUGACUUCGAAGAGUUUCUAAAGAACAAACAGGCCUAUGAAAAGGCUCAAAAUGAAAUCAUAAUCACCAAUAGUCCCUUGGGUGCCGAGAAGACCAAGAAGCUUAUUGACGAACACCAAUGCUACUGGUUCAGCAGCUACGAUAACUUCAAAAUUUUGUGGAUGCACGUCUCCAGCAACAUGGGAACCGGAACAUACUUAAAAAACUUCUUCUCAGAAAUAUGGCAAAACCUCCACUUCUUAUUCAAGAAGAAGGCCACGGUGAAGGAUGUGGAAUUCUUCGCAGGAGACCUAUCCCAACAGGAGUUGAUCGACUACUACUCGCCGCUAGUCCACUCAGAAUCGCACUGCCAAGAGAAAAUGCAAUCCCUGUUUGUAUCAUUAAGAGAUAAUGAUGAGCAGAACCGUGUGGAAAUUCCAGACAAAAUAAAAACAGCCUAUUUUCAGUGCAAGCUGGAUUACUACAAAAAUUAUCACACAGAUAAAACACACUUAAUUAAAUCCAGGGACUUCCUCGAUAACAGGGUGUAUGUUCUGAAGCAACCAUACUACCUCAUUAGCAAUAUCGACAAUACGCAUAAAAACAAGUUGCUUCGACUUUUUGUAACGGAGAGCACACUGGAUUAUCUUCUCCUAGAUAAUAUUGAUAUCCCCGAGUGCUUCGGACGUUGCACCAUCGACCAUUUCAAUAGGGUUGUACUUCAACAAGGAAAGACCAACCAGCAUGAUGAAGUAAUACAGAAUGCGUUGGUCCCAGAAAACACCGCUUCUAAAAAGAGGAAAGAAAUGACUGUAUAUGUUAAUAACAUAUAUGUACACAAUUUAAAAACGGAUUACAUAACCAAGGAGGAAAUUACUAGAAAGGACAUUGAGGAAAAUAAGGUGAAGGUCUGUCUAGGAAUGGGUACCUACUUCAUGAAGAAUUUCCUCACAGAGCAGCAUUUCAAUUUGAGCUACAAGCCCGUCUUGGAUUUUAACGCAGAACACAAUUUUAAAGUCUUCCUGAAGAAGAAUGAGUCUCAGCUCUCCAAGAAUGAGAACGACAUUUGCUACGUCAACUACGACUUGGCCAUAACCAAUAUAGAAAUCACCGACCCGUACCGCGAAAUCAGCGAAAAUUUGAUAAAAAAUUUGUACAUCUUAAAAAAUAAAUAA